UCUCUCUCUCCCUCUCUCUCUGCCUCUCUCUCUCUCUCUCUCUCCCUGUGUCGCUUAAACAACAGUCCUAACUUUUGUGUGUUGCAAAUAUAAAAGGCAAGCCAUGUGACAGAGGGACAGAAGAACAAAAGCAUUUGGAAGUAACAGGACCUCUUUCUAGCUCUCAGAAAAGUCUGGGGAGAAAGGAGCCCUGCGUUUUCCCCCAAGGGAGAGUGUACAUUCAUGUGUUGGCGAGACCAAGUGCCCUGGGUUGGGUGUCUCAGAACUUUCCUGCUUUCCUUCCAAAGGGUCUUACACAAGCUGUGCCUCAGAUACAGUGAUGAUGGAUUGCGAGUGCAAACUGUAAGACGAAAACUCCGGCAUACAAAGAACAAUGACAACCAGAAAGCUCCAACCGGAUCCUGCCCUUUCCUUGAAAGGAACUGGAGCCUAGGAGGUGAAGGCAUUUCCAAUUUUUAGUCCUUUGCCUCCCUCUGCUGUUCCUCUUGAGAAGUUUUCCCUUACAACAAUGAGAAAUCAUGUACUAGCUGCAUCCUUUUCUAUGCUCUCCCUGCUGGCGCUGAUGGGAGAUACAGACAGCUCAUUCAUGAUGGACUCCGAUCCUCGACGCUGCAUGAGACACCACUAUGUCGAUUCUAUCAGUCACCCGUUGUACAAGUGUAGCUCCAAGAUGGUACUCCUGGCCCGGUGCGAGGGGCACUGCAGCCAGGCGUCACGCUCCGAGCCCUUGGUCUCCUUCAGCACUGUCCUCAAGCAGCCCUUCCGUUCCUCCUGUCACUGCUGCCGGCCCCAGACGUCCAAGCUGAAGGCACUGCGGCUGCGCUGCUCUGGGGGCAUGCGACUCACGGCCACCUACCGGUACAUCCUCUCCUGUCACUGCGAGGAGUGCAGCUCCUGAGGCCUGCUGUUGAGUGGCUUCUGGAUGGGACAGUCCCUCCCCCUCGCUGAAGCAGUUCAACCAGCCAGGGAAGGACUGGCAAGGGAAGAGUUAAGGCAAAAAAAAAAAAUAAUGUAGCAAUUCCCACGGGAUUCUGCGUAUUCUAGUAAUAAAGACUCUACAUGCUUGUUGACAGAGAUACUCUGGGAACUUGUUUUCCAUUCCCAUCUCCUUUCCCUGGUACAAUUUCUUUUGGUUCCUUUUCAGAUUCAGGCAAUUUCCCCCUUGGCACUGAAUGCUGUUUGGGUUUCCAACAAUUCAGCAUUAGUGGGAAAAGUAGGCCCCCAUGCAAGAGUGGGUCAGGCUGUCACUGUUUGGUGCAGAUUAGGGAAGCAUUUGCUUUCGAAAGCAGGAAAGCCCAAUUCUUUCUGGGACAUCCUCUGGCUUUUUUUUUUUUUUUUUUUUUUGUCAUUUGGUCUAAGGUUGCCAUUGUUGCUAAAGGUUACCAAUUUCAAAUUCCAGGCACCAAGCAUGUGGAUAUGUUUAGCCAGGUUCAUUCACAGCCAGCUAACUGACAUUAAAAUCACUAACAAACAGAUUCUCCUAUGUGAUGCUGGAACUCCUGAUAGCCAUCAUUAUUAUUCAGAAAUGACUUUGGGGAAGUAAAAGUGGCUUAAAGAAUUUGUCAUCUUGAGGCUCUCUCAGAUAAAUUAUGUUAACAUGUUGUAAGGGAGCAGACUUUUAAAGACCUGCACAAAUACGGAUCCUGCACUGACUUUGAAAAAGGCAUAUAUGUACUAGUGGCAUGGAGAAUGCUCUAUACUCAUGCAUGCAAAUUAGACAACCAAGUACGAAUCUAUUUGUGGGUGUGCUAUAGCUUUAGCCAUGUCGUGGGCAUCAUUCUCUAAUAUCCACUCGUCCGUGGGAAGCUUGCUGCCGAAAAUGGUGGCCUGGCUCAUCUUCUGAACAUUUGAUUCAAAUAUAUUUUGGUCCUUGAGGCUCAAAAUUUGAGUUAUUCCCAUGUUUUGAAAUAAAAAGAGAGUAUCUUCAAAAUUU